ACUGUCAAAUAGGGAUGCCAAUCCCGAUAUCGGGAUCCCUGGAUUACUAAAUCCCGAAAAAUAUAAAUAAAUUUAAAAAAAUCUUAUUAAUUUACCGACAAAAAUAACACUUUCUAUUUCAUAUUACAAUAUGAAUACAUUAAGUAUGUGUUUAGUAAUAUCCCAAUAAACCAAAAAACGAUAUGAUAGCGAAAACGGUAUUAGUUUCCAAUAAAACAAAAAAGCAAAUAUAUAUAUUUGAAAAAAACUUCAAACAAAAAAAAAAUAAUUUAAAUUCAACAUUUUCAAGCGAAAUAUAGAUAAAAGCUAAUCUAAUAAUGGUUAUUUUUAAUUGUGAUUAAGCUUUGAAUAAUAAUAAACACGAAGACAAUGAAGCGUUCACACGAUUUUAAUAUAUUACUGGACAAUGAAGAACCUGAGUCCACAAAUAGUACAUAUAAAAGAGAUAAACUUGAUAUAGUUUUAGAAAAACAUUCCAAUAUCGAAGUCAAAAUUAUUAGCAACACAAACUUAUUGGGAAGACUAACACAGGAAAUUAUUGUAACAAAGAAUGGAAUGAAAAAAUCAAAAGGUGAUUUAGAAACUAAAAAUUUAAACAUUUUACCCAACACUCCAUUCGAGGAUCUUAAACAGUUUAUGGAAUUCGAUUUAGACGUAAAAGAUCCAGCUAAAUACGCUAUAUUGACAAACAACUUUAGGAGAAUUACGGCAAGUUCACACAUGGAAUUUGUUUUCAAAUGCUGGAGAGUCCUUAUGAAGGACUCUGUGGCGAAAAAUCUUUCUUGGACUGGCACAGAACAAAAAAAAUCUGUACAAGAAUUGUCUUGUACAGCUGCCAUCAAAGAUGCCUUCAUGAAAAAGUAUCCAGCUGAAUCUGUAGAUGCCUGUGCCCAAAAAACUAAAAAUUUUUUUUUGUAUGCCAACGAUAGAUUAAACAAAAUAGCUAAAGCUAAUUAAACCCAUUUAUUCAAAUAACCGAAUCCCUAUUUACUUUAAUUUUAAUCACAGUAAUUGUUUUUGCGCAUUUUUAUUCACUAUUUGUUUUUUCACUUUCUUAUAUUU